AUGCCUUCAAUUUUAUCAUCAAGUAAUAAUUAUGAAGAUUCUGAAGAGAAUGACUUACCAACUGGGGUAUUUAUAUUAUUAACUGAUUGUUACUCUCCUACAUGUACAAGAGAUAAUUUAUACUACAGCAUUGCUUGUCCUAGAAGAUUGGAACAGGCAAAACAGCAUUUGAAAGUGGAUUUCCCAAACCGUGUUAAAGCUAAUAGGUGUCUUCAUGCAAGAAAACAUAGGAUGCCAAAUCAAGAUUUUAACCGUUCAACAAGUCACAGUUCUAUGUCUGAUAGAAGAAAG